CAACCGGCCAAAUAUCUUGGAUAUUUAAAAAUAAUAACUGACAUAUCAAAGUAUAAAGACUUUUUUUCUACGUCUAUUUAAAACCUUACAUCAUGUCAAAAAAAUGGGCAUUUCGAGAUGUAUCCAUUUUACUACAAGAGAUACGAAAUUUCUUAUUAGGCAGAAAACAUACACUGCACCCACGUUUUCCUCUAAAAGUUUCACCACGGAGUAUUCCACCUGCCGAUAUACCUCGAGCUCCAGAGUACAAGUACUCCAAUCAGUAUUAUUACGAGAGAAAUGCUUUUGAUUCAGUAAAACCUCCGGUAGUUGCGCCAGUUGCUGAAGGUGGUGGUUUAUCGCGAAACACUGUGGCAGCUGAAAAUGGUCCCCGCAAUACCUCGGGAGACCCCUGCCGUGGAGCCCCGGCGAGAGCGGGAAGCUGCUGGGUGCGGGGAUGCGGAGAUAUCCCUCAUCAAGGGGAUCCCGCGGCUCCGCAUCAAGCAGUGUUGAAGGUAUUCGCAGGACUUUUUUAGCAGAUAUGAUACCGUAAAGCGCUCGUUAGAGUUGCGGGGUCCCCGGUGGUCAGCCACUGAGGGGUGCGUAAGACUGGUUCAACUAGUCGCGGGCUCAAACUCACUCGUGGACGCGGCCUAAAAGCACGCUGUCUCAUCUAGCAUUGUGUCUAAAAGAGAUAGAAUUAGUUAUGAGCAGUUAGCAGCUAGUCUACACGCAUACUUCUAGUCGCACGCACACAAACACCGUCUCGAAGUCUGCCAAACUGAAACGACGUUAGACGAUGCACGGCUUUGCGCCGCACCGCUGUGCCGGUCGGAGUGGGGGGUGUUAAAAAAAUGAAAGAAAAAGAAAUAAAGAAAAUAUUUUUUGUAAACUCUUAAAAAAUACAACAUGUUAAAAGGUACUCAUACAGUAAGGGCUAACCAGGACCCUGCCUCAGCGUUAGCUGGACGACAUGUGUCACGCCAGCGCUGAUAUUCUGGCAGGGCCUGCUUGGAGUUAUACAAGCUGGCGGUUGCCGGGCCGCGCUCAUCAGCGGUGUCCGGGGUGCCGUGCUCCGAAUCCGUGACCCUACGCAACAGUGACCCUGCGGCGUACACGCGCGCCUGUCAAGAGGUCGUCGCGCAGCUGGCGGCGCGUCUGGCGCACCACCACGUCCCGCCUGUCGAGAGUCACUACCAGCCGCAGCAGCCGCCCAGCAUUGUGACGCUUUGCUCCACGCUGACUCCCCUCUCUUCGGGCAACCCGCCGAUCUCCAGGUCGGACAACAACGUUUCCUGAUCGCGGUCGUUGCCCUCGGCGCGCAGCUCGGAUAUGGUGCGCUCCAAGUCCAUUCUACCAGUUGCAUCAGGAUCCACUUGAUGCUGCUCCGCUCGAAGGAGUCAAGUCGAGCGGUAAAAGAACUGCGGAAGGCCGCCAUCUCCGAGUGGAAUUCCCUCAUCUCCUUCAUGCAGUCGGCCUGCAUACUUUUUAUAUCACUGGUGUGAUUAUUUCCGGUGGCGUUCUCCUUGGCCUUACCCUGGACCUUGAACUGAUCUUCCUUUGGAGAGUCACUGGCCAGGUCGACAGGUGUAGCAACCGGUUUUUCGGGCUCGUUAGAUUCGCUGAUAACCUUUACAGGCGUAUGCGUAUUAUCACUCCUGCGUGUGCUCUUUUUGCAGUUCGGGCAUAUCCAGUCCUUGCUGACACACGACUUUUCAGGGAUGGCGAGGCAGGCCUUAUAAUAUUUUACUGGGCAAGCACUGCAAAUAACAACAUUGCCCGGCGCCAAAAAACUUCCACAAGCUCCACAGUUUACCAUCUUUAGUCCAAAAUUUUAAAUUAUAAUUUUAAAAUCUAAAUAAAAGGGAGACAAAUAAAAAUAAGAACAGGUGCUGGGGGUUAAAACAAAUAUAUAAAAAGGAAAAGGAAAAAAUAAUAAUAAAAAGUAAAAAUAGGUAAAGAAACUUUUUAAGUUAAACGGUUUUAUGUUAAACAUACAUUGCAAUGUUUAAGAUAAAUGUACUAAAAACCAAAAAAUAAUAAAAUAUAGCUUGUUUCCACAUUCUAGCCCUACUUAUCACACGUCCAUCGUUGUCGGUUGAACAACUGCCUAAUUAUAGUGUAACAUUACAAAACAAACAUUUUAAUCAACGAUUGUAGACAAUUGACGUGCCCCACGGUUUUAUUUUAGUCUAGUCUAUGCAUAUGUUUAUAAUUCCCACGACUGUAUCUAUUUUAUUAUUUUUUGGUUUUUAGUACAUUUAUCUUAAACAUUGCAAUGUAUGUUUAACAUAAAACCGUUUAACUUAAAAAGUUUUUUUACCUAUUUUUAUUUUCUAGUUUUUAAUUCGCAUUCUGUUUAAUUCAUUUAGUGCUUCAUUAUUGCAAGGUUUCUUGCCCGUUAGUUUAUUGCAGUCCAACUCCUCUAUACGUAGUCCCUGCAAAGAUCUUACUCUACUAAGAGCCACGUAGGCUUGACCUUCUUCAAACAGUUUAGCACCUAAGUAUACGACUGCGUGAUCCACAGUGCUGCCCUGCAUUUUAUGUAUUGUAGAAGCCCAUGAUAGUAUUAAAGGCAACAUUAACGCCACACAGUCCUCAACACGAUACAAAAUCUUGACUUGGGUGGUGGAUUCAGGCUGGAUUAAUCAGAUACCUAAAUUACAGAUUCAAUUUCUAAAUUUAAAUCUUAUUAUUAUACGCCAUUUAGUGGCUGCGCCCAUCUUAAAUAUCGAGGUUGUAUAGUGCACUGUAUUCUUCUUGUCAAGCUCUUUUAUUUGAUACCCAUAUUGGUGGGAUUGAUAAAAAAUUGUUAUCAGCCAUUUGGUAGCGGCGGUCAUCUUAGAUUUCAAUAAAUAGUAUAGUAAAUUGUAUUCAUAUAGCAUAAUAAAUUGUAUUCUACUUGUUGAGACCUUUCAUUUGAUACCCAUAUUGAUGGGAUUGAUAAAACCUACGUUAUCCGCCAUUUUGUAGCGGCCGCCAUCUUGGAUUUCAAUUUUUUAUAGUAUAUUGUAUUCUGCUUAUUGAGCCCUUUCAUUUGAUACCCAUAUUGAUGGGAUUGAAAAAACCUACGUUAUCCGCCAUUUUGUAGCGGCCGCCAUCUUGGAUUUCAAUUUUUUAUAGUAUAUUGUAUUCUGCUUGUUGAGCCCUUUCAUUUGAUACCCAUAUUGAUGGGAUUAAUAAAACAUAAAUUAUCCGCCAUUUUGUAGCGGCGGCCAUCUUGAAUUUAUAAUGAUAAUGAGUAAACAUAAUUGUAUUGUCACCAAAAUCCAAAGUGUAUACAAAAUUUCAGAUUAAUCGGUUGACAGGAAGAGGGUGAAAUUUGAAUUACUAAAUUUGACCCAAGAAUAAAACAAACGGGGUGAGCUAAAUAAAACCGUUUAAUAAAAACGGGGUGAGCUAAAUAAAACCGUUUAAAAAAUACGAUUGCGGGGUUUGAACCGACAACCGCGGUGAUGCGUCGAACGUUGGUCCCGUGGCAAAAAUUAACACACUGCACCAAUGCUGGAGUGGCAAAAUUUGUGUUCAUAUAGACUCGUAAGGUUUUUUUUUAUUACGGAAUUUCUUGAUACGGUCGCCGCGCUCAAAGCCGGCGAUAAAAGCUAUACAAUAGCUUAAAAGGUCUGUGUUUAAGAAAUCUUUGAACAUAGAAAUCUUUUGCUAAAUUAUUUAGGUAGGCGUUCGCAAGAAAAGACUUACCUACAUCAAUGGUCGAUGUGGCACUUGGAUCAUAUUAUCAAAACUAUCUAUGGGUUCAGUGUUUCAACCUUUCUUACAUUAUCCAUUACUUACCGUGGUAUUAACAGACCACGAGGAUUGUCAGUUGUUAUCAAAGAGAUUUAAAAUAAAACAUUUUAUUAGUACUUUAAUGUUUUUAGGUAGGUAAUAAUGAACUCUAAAGUAGCUAGAACCACUAAGAACCAGCACACCAAACAGAGGAACUCGUGACGGAGAUAGGUAGGUAUCUUCCUAAUUAAGAUUUCUCACUCAACAUUUAGCUUGCUAAUUAGUGACGACGAUCGACAUUACAUUAGAUAUUUUUAAGGCUCUGUCACUGUACCUCCGAAUUUCCCUCUAUUUUCCGCUAUAUCCGAAAAAUUAAAUUACGAUGAUUCGGUUCGGUCUGCGAUCGUAGAAGUUAGGCAACUUCUGCAAUGGCAGGACACAGGAUUGGUGGUCAAAAAUGUAUCUAGAGCUCCUUCGUGCUUCGAAUAGAUCCCAGCUGCAUCGGCAUUCAGCAGUCACCUCUUAAAAGCGGAAGUGAAUGAGGUAGAAGUGGUAAGUGCGCCCAGCCCAACGUCUCGUGUAACAUUUUCAAAUAAUUAUUGUAUCAGUUAUUUAAACAAUAACCCCCUUAUUAUUAAACGAGGAUUAAGCUUAGACUAUUUACGCUGUGUUUUGUUCAUAUCACUCAAAUGCCAUUUAUUAGCAUUCAAUAGAGAGAUACAAAACAUAGAGUAAUUAAUCCAAGUUUAUUAGGGGGUUAGUGACUCGCUAUGUACGUUUGUCGGGUCUGAGUCUGAACAUGACAGGAUGUGUCUGGAGAAUCCAGAUAUUUGUGUUGAUUCUGGCAUGAUUCUCUACAAUUAAAAAUAAAUAUUAAUAUCAGUCUCUCCUAAUCAUUCUGUACAGAUAAUGAAAAGGAUAUACAGUUGUCAAAUUUAGUUUAGGCGAUUUCCCGACCACCUGGGACACUAAUAAUUAACUAUUAUUAUAUAUUUGACGACCUCCGUGGUCGAGUGGUUUGUACGCCGGGUUUCAUGGUGUCGCCGACUCGAGAGGUCCCGGUUUCGAAUCCCGGUGGGGGCAGAUGUUUGUGUGAUGAAUACGACCAUUUGUACUCCAGUCAUGGAUGUUUCAUAUUGAUUUUCUAUAUAAACAUACUUAUAUAUGUACUGUAUAUGUAUUCUAUCCGUUACCCUAGUAUCCCAUAACACAAGCCUUACAGUGCUUACUUUGGGGCUAGGCUAAUUGGUAUUUGUUUAUCAAGAUUGCCAACUCCAGGUCACCCGUGGGCGUGGGAUGGGCAUAGGUACUACGAGUGCAUCCCAGACGUGGACAAUAAGCCCAAUUGCCCACCGCCUUCGCAACCCCUGCGCCAGGAGCCUUCAUCCUGUUCGGAGCCAACUCCGCCUGCUAAGAAAUGAGGAAACUGAUCACGUACAUAUCGAUUUUCUAAAGAUAUUUGUGACAGCUUGAAUGCAAAAACUAAAAUUAAAAAAGUACGUGUUUUUUUUUUAUCAAAUUAGUACUAAAUGUAUCCCGCGCUUUUUUCGUAUGGAAUUUUGUUGUAAAAAAUCGUUAUGAAUUAGGGUCCAGGAAAUCAAGCAAUUUGGCUCCCAAUUUUCUUUGUCCUACAUGGAUUUAUGUACUUGAAAUUUUCACAGGUCAUAAUGAAAAGCCCUAGGAUCAAAAUCUAUAUCAUGCUGAGGGGCGCUUUUAUUCGCGGGGUGGUUGCCACACCAUCUCAGGGGAGGCUUCAUUUCCUGGACUAUAGGUAGUAGGCACCUCAAUAUCUAGUCUAUUUUCCCUCGAAUACUUCUAAACUUAUUUUGUUGUUUUUAUUUAUGUAAUUAUAAAUAUAAAAAUAUAUAUAUGUAAUUAACAUGGGAUGAUUGUAUAGUAGUAUAUUCCAGCAGACGCGAAGUUUCAGCAUAUUGUCACAUCAGCAUUGACUAUCCUUACCACGUCAGCCUGCAAAAAUGUGUCUUCACUUCGCGCCUCUGCCUAUUUUAAAGGCCCCCAGGUUUUAAGACAGGAGGAUAUAUAUCGCGAUUUGCGAAAAUUAGUGCGACAAAGAACAAGAUUGUUUAGAUUGGUGUUGGGCCACCAACCAGUUGCUACUGAAAUUCCAUAGUCAUUUGGAAAGUCAGUGGCAACGGUGGUAAAACACAAUAGCAUAGGUAGGUACUUAGAUUAGAAUGCUCGAAGAUGGCGGCCGAAAAAUGGAAAAACUACAAAAAAUUACCGGGAAAAAUACAAGAGAAGUAGUGUUUCUUUACCUGGUGCAACUCUUUAGUUUCUGCAUCACCGACGGUCGGUUAGCGCCAGAGAAUUCGAUUUCAUGGGCUCUCUAGUCAAUCAAAACUGCUUAAACUAAUGUAAAUAUAAAUGAUCGACAUAUGAGCUCUGUAGAUACCACAGUGUGUAAACAGAGAACAAUUUAGCUCUUUUCGGAAAGAUGUGUUAAAAAAUCGUUCCUUUUCAUGUAUAGGAAAAAAUGUAAAUACAAUUACAUUUUUCUUCCCAUACAUGAAAAACAUGAAAUUUUUCUUAAAAAUUCGACUCGCCAAGCAAUCUAUACAUAAAAUACCAGAAUUUCAGUUCUGUAACUCAUUCUGUUUACGAUCUCAAGACCCGUAACAUACGGACAGACACACAAACAAGUGACACCAAUAGGGUUCUUAGCCUUUGCGUACGGAAUCCUAAGAAAACAUUUUCUACUGCGUGAUUUUUCAGUAACAUUAUCAAAAUAAUUUUAGUAAAAUAUAAAAAGUUUUUCUGUAAAAAAAUCCUGAUAAUUUUCAUUUUAAAUACAGAUGCCUACUAUUGGUACUUUAUUUUUAACACUGUCAAAAACCCAACUUCUUGUGAGAGCUACCAUAUCUGAAGUUAGUCAUUCUAUAUUUUUGUGUGCAGAAUGUUUCUGAGCGCUAGUUCAAAAUAAAAAUUCUUGACAAGCAUGUUUGACGUUGCUUCAAGCCUCAUCUGGCGUGCUGCAUCUCUAGUCCAGUCAUUAUGUCGGAAAAAUCGGGUUAGAAAUGCAAAUGAACCGAGAAAGCCAAAUUUUGGAUAUUACGUGGGGGGUGGCUAGAAAAGCUUAAGUUCAAAUUGUCGACCAAAAAAACCUUGUGGGUUUUCCGCCAUCUUGAAAAAAAGGGUUAAACUCAGUUUUUUUAUCAUAACUCGGUUCCCCGUCGAGAUACGAAAAUUUUUAUAGAAUACUUUUUUGUUGCUCUUUGUACGAUCUACAAUUAAGGUCCUAUACAUUUUUCACGUAUCGACCAUCGUUGUCGAGAUAUUGAUAAAAAAAGCCACAAAUUUUGGGAGAAAUUUUUUUUUUCGCUAUUUGCUUCUUUCUCACGAAAAAUACCGAAAAAUGUUUCGAAUAAAACUUGUAGAGCCUGUUCAGACCUACAAAUUCGUUUUUUAAUUUUUCAUUUUCGAGAAAAAUUACGACCUCCAGCGCGCCGCAAAGUCGGCGCCAAUGCGCCCGACGCCGGAAUGUGCGUCGCGCCAUGGCGGACGUGCGACGGUUGGAGUGUCUGCAUGGG